AUGCAUUCGAAAGUAGUUACCACUGACGAAGAAGACACUUGCAAUACCACUAUCUUACGAGAUGCUUACGAUGAAGCGGUUGAAAAUAGGAAGGAAUCUGAAAAAAGUCUCACUAUUCUGAGGCUCGUGCAAGAUGGGAACAUUAUUUCGCUCAAGUUGCUGCUGCACGGAGGGGGAAAUGUUAUGGCGACAACUGAUUCUGGCAAAACCGCACUGCAUGUAGCCGCCUUCAAUGGCCAUUUGGACAUACUCAAGCUCCUUCUCGACACGAACAUCGAGCAUAAUGCGAAGGACACCGCUGGAAGAUCUGCACUUCAUGACGCUGCCAGAGGUGGAAAUUUCCAUAUCUUCCGAGAACUCAUAGCUGCGGGAUUGAAUCUACAUGAUAGAAACAACAAUGGUGAAGACCCAUUGUGCGACGCGUGCCGCAAUGGGCAUCGAGAUCUCGUACAAGAAAUGCUUGAAAUUCAGUCGCAGCUCAGUUUAAGUGAUGACUCGCCAAUGGGUUCUACUCCGAGUGAACGGACAAUCAUCACACAAUCAACAUCUGAUGAGUAUCAUGAUUGGGUCAAGACCGUUGGUCUGAAAAAGUACAUCAAAUUGGCAAUUGAAAAUGGACACCGUGCUAUAGCGGAGAUUAUUCUAGUUCAACACUUAGACAUCGACCGGAAACACUUGGCCUAUGCCCUACAGAAGGCUGCAAAUCGACUAUUUGUACCUGACACUUUUCGCGCGCUUCGGCUUGCUGCUGGUCAAAAUAACAUACCUAUCAUGAAAUUAUUGGUUGAGGAGGGAGUUCCCGUUGAUGGCUAUGAAGCUGAUAUGUUCACCCAGAGCCCGCUUCUCCGAGCGGCUAAAUGCGGACAUAGUGAUGCCGUUGAGUUUUUGAUUGAGAAAGGGGCAAACCCGAAUCGCCGGUCUCGCAACACUCACACUACACCUCUAUGUGAAGCUAUUGGUUGUCACAACAUAAAAAUCGCCACUAUAUUAAUCCAUGCAGGGGCUGAUGUGAACACUCCUACUAUGCUAGGUACAGCGCUACAAAGAGCUACAAGAGCAGAUAAAGGGCUCGUUGCAUUAUUACUUGAAGCUGGCGCCAACCCCAAUGCUUCCGUCCAUUCUUGUGUUGGUACAGCACUUCAAGAGGCUAUUAAAAAAGGAGACAAAGUAAUAAUUGACUUGUUAAUCGAAAAGGGAGCGAAGGUCAACGCUCCGGCUAAUGAUCAUUCUAAUACAGCACUUCAAGAGGCUAUUAAAAAAGGAGACAAAGCAAUAGUUGAUUUGUUGAUCGAAAAGGGAGCAGAGAUUAAUGCUUCUGCUGAUUAUUUUUCUGGUACAGCACUUCAAGAGGCUGUUAAGAAAGGAGACAAAGCAAUAAUUGACUUGUUAAUCGAAAAGGGAGCGGAGGUCAACGCUCCGGCUAAUGAUCGUUCUGAUACAGCACUUCAAGAGGCUGUUAAAAAAGGAGACAAAGCAAUAGUUGAUUUGUUGAUCGAAAAGGGAGCAGAGAUUAAUGCUUCUACUAAUUAUUUUUCUAGUACAGCACUUCAAGAGGCUGUUAAGAAAGGAGACAAAGCAAUAAUUGACUUGUUAAUCGAAAAGGGAGCAAAGGUCAACACUCCAGCUAAAGGUUAUUCUGGAACAGUACUUCAAGAGGCUGUUAAGAAAGGAAAUAAAGUAAUAAUUAACUUAUUAAUCAAAAUGGGAACAGAGAUCAAUGCUCCGGCUAAUAAUCGUUCUGGUACAGCACUUCAAGAGGCUGUCAAGAAAGGAGAUGAAGCAACAAUUACACAGUUGAUUCAACUUGGUGCUGAUGUCAACGCUCCAGAAACCCCAGGAGAAUACUGGGACCCUAACCCUGGGUUGGCAAUUCAGGAGGCUGCAAAAAUCGGAGAUCAAAUUAUUGUGGAUAUGCUACUACUUGCUGGAGCCGAUGCCAAAGUGCGGGCUAACAGAAAGUGCGGUACACCUUUACAGGAAGCUGUAAGACAUGGCAAUGAGUAUAUGGUCAAACAGUUGAUCGCCUUCGGUGUUGAUGUCAAUGCUUCGGCUGUUCGUUCAUCGGAAUACUCUUGGGGGCGCAAUAGUAAUCCUGAAAUUGCAAUCCGAGAAGCUAGGAAGGGGAGAUGCCAACCGAUCGUGGAUAUGCUCAUUCAAGCUGGCGCCAUUGACCCCGGGGAAGAUUAG